AAUAAACAUGUUCCAGAUUCAAAUCUUAAUGUCUACAUUUAAUUUUGUGUACAUUUUUAUAUGUAUUACAGACUGUGAUGGUUAAAAUUAAAUUCCUAGAGGUUGAUUCUUUUUUUUUUUUUUUUUUUUUUUUUUUUAAGUUGGGAGAGUCAAGAGUGUUGCAGAAACACCCAUGUAUGGAAAUAAAAAUCCAAGCUGCACUCAUAUUUUCUUCAGAGAAAGUAAAAUAUCUAUUUGCUUUUAAUUUUUUUACUCAGCUUAGGAUUCAGUCUGAUCUCAGUAGUAGCGUUCUGAUAUUUAUAUGUAGCCUAGGUACACAUUUUAGACCGAUAAAGGUAAAGGUAGGUGCCACAAGAAGAAAAAAUGCUUCUCUCUCGCUCUCGCUCUCUCAACAUCAGAGAGCGAGAGAGAGAGAGAGAGAGAGAGAGAGAGAGAGAGAGAGAGAGAGAGCGAACGAACAUAGGGGCUGUAUUUUAUGUCGCAAUGUCUCCACGGCCAGAAUCGCAGAAGGAAAUACAAAUGAAAAAUGAAUGAACACGACGCCAACGAAUUGACUGCAACAAACGACAAACGUAAAGGAGAAGAAAUGAGAAGAAACGGGGGAGCAUAUGAUUUCAACAAACAGCCAUAGCAGUUUCACUGUAGGGCAGAUUGUCAGUAUGGUGCCUCUACUCCAACUCUUUCUUCUACUGCCUUUAAUUCAUCCAUUCAUAAGUCAUGUGCAUGGAAACUUUCUUUCUCCUCUGACUACUCAUUCAAAUCACAGCCUGUUUUCCUAUUGUUCAAAAAAACAGACUUAUGUGCUUGUCAAAAAAACUGAUCAUAAACUGUCUGCCAAUGCUGCAUUAGUUGUCAGACCAUUUCUUUGUGGCUUCUAUGGGAAAAGUUUAAUUAAAUCAAUUGGAGAUUCAAGUAAAUGGACUGAAAGUAGAAAUACUGAGGACAUAUUUUCAGCAAAAACGUCACAUACUGAGACUGGGUCAAGAGGUAAAUUUUUAGUAUCACACAAAAACAGAGUCAAAAGAGGUUCUACUCAAAAUGCCAUGCUACCACAAGAUGCCGCUGGAAAAGAAAAAGAAACUGUUAGUGAGACAGACACGAUGACAGAUGACCCAGUUGCUGAAUUUAAAGAGAAAGACUUGUCAUCAGUUGGGUCAGGUGAUGAAGAAAAUGGCUUUGUUAGGUCAUCAACAGAGGCUAUAGCAUUUCUUGGUGAAGAGCAUGCCCAGAACAGACCACAAGUUCAGACUGCUACUGUGGCUAGUUUGGCCACAGUACAUACAAAUCCAACAAUCAACCCUUCACAGCAGACCAGCCCUUCUGCAACUGCACCACCUAAUGAAAAGCUUCUAUCCACUUCCAAUGGGAUAAGACAAUUGGAUGGCAACAGAACUCGAUUGGAAAUAGGUAGUUUGGGGACAACCACUCCAGCUAAAAUUCAGCCAAAAAGACAGUUUACCACUUUACGAUCAUAUAUUGAAACCACCUCUCUUAAUACAAGCAAAACCAGUCUACAACUAGAGGCACCGACACUGGGAGUGGACAUUGUUAGUUCCAACCAUUCACAGCCAAAAAGCACUUCACAGUCAACAAGAUCAGCAAAACUACCCAAUGACCAAUUAAUGGAACCAGGAACUAAAAGAACAGUGACCGAUAUAAAGAACACUAAAGGUAUAUCACCUUUUCUAAGGACAACCUCUCUUCACCCGAUUGGACAUUUUGUAUUCUCUGAAAAUGAUAGAAGAGUUAUAGAGACGGACCAGUCAGUCACACAGGGAAUAGUUCCAUCUUUGAAGUCAAAUUCUGCCUCUCCAACCCAUGCCCAACCUAAGGACUCCUGUGGUACUGGUGUGGGCCCCUGUGUUUUUUCCAAAGAUCAAAAUAAUGCUGACAAAUAUGGUGCAACAAAUGGCAGCUUUUUAGUGUGGGCAGACUUAAAACGCACACUGUCAUUUGCAUGGGAGCUGCAUGUAUUUGGUUCUGCUGUCCUCUUCCUUCUGCUUACCGUUGGCUCAGUCCUUGGCUUAGCGUUAGCUCCCAGCUUGAACUGCUCUCACUGUGGUGAACUGAUGCUCACCAAUAGCUUCUUGUUAGUUGUGGGUGUGGUUAGAGCAGGCCACUUUUUGCUCGAUCCAUAUGGGACACGGUUCCUUCUGCCACCUCCUGUAAUAAUAGCUUUAUACACGCUGCCAUUACCACUGUUAAUUUUGGCACAGGCUGCAUUAGUAAUAUUGGUACUAAAAAAGGCAGGAGUAACUUGGCUACCACCAACACUUCAGCACCCCCCUCUGUUAGGAGUAUUAGCUGUUUUACAAUGCACUCUCCUACUUGCUGCAGACUUGCUUUCCCCUGCACUUUCGCCUGCUGUUCCCAUCGUCCUACAGAGCCUCACACUAAUUGCAGGCCUGACACUGUGUUUAGGCUACCUUUUCUUGGCACUGCCACGCCUCUCUCACACACAUGCAGCUCGGGGAAGAAAUAAGGGAAUAGGUGAAGAAAAGGUGCAUGUUUUAGCAUGGGUACUGGCAGUGUGCGCUCUUCUUGGGGCAUUGUGCUGUCUGUUGCACAUUUAUGCCUGCAUGUGGCUAUAUGGACUACUAGGAGACUGGAGACUCUUUCGUUGGGCAUGGUGGCUCUGUCAGUUCUGGGGACGACUGUUGGAGCUUGUCUGGGCUUUCUGCCUGCUUCUGGUGUCUUCCUGGGUCUUCUGGAGACCCAAUGGAGGCCACAUAUGUGGAGCACCAAGACAGGAAGGAGCUGCCACAGAAAGCUUGCCCUCACCCUCUCAAUCAUCAAACUCUACCAGCAGACAUACAUGCUGGGCAAAGAUUGUGCAGAGCCUCAAGGUAAGGCAACAAAGGAAAUCUGAAAGUAAUGGGAUUGGAGGGUCCAGCAGUAGUGCAGUGGUGGGAGAGUUGCCCAAUAACUGGGCAGGACAGGAGCGAUCAGGGGUGGACAUUAGCAAGAGCCUCAUACGAAAUCAUGACCCACUUAAAGACACCAAUCAUGGGCGCAAUCUGAAAAGCUUUGCAGGGGGCUCUGCAGGUUCAUUGCUAAGACUGCAGCCACUUGCACAUCCACCUCAGUGCUCUUCAACUAGCAGUCUGGACAGGGACAAGGAGUCAGCCAUCUCACUCUGUGAUUUUGACCUGCGCCCUCCAACCCCAAUUGACCUUGGCCGCAGUAUUGAUGAGGCACUUCAUCGUCAGCAUCUGUUAAGGGGCGAAAGUUUGUUCCAGCCACUGCGACCACUAUCGCCUCCUCCCUCUCAAAACCUUUGGAUGCGACGAAAUAGUGAACCCCAAAUCACACUGUCAUUGAGCAGUGAUGAGCACACAUUGCUCACAGAGUCCUCCACAGGUCUGGAUCGCUCCAUUCCUAGUGCUGUGCCCAGCCGACAGGUCACAGCUCCCCCUACGCCCACUCAUCAGGGCUUCCGUUGGGUCUCUGAGGCACCAGUGCCUUCCUCUUUGUCCUGCCCGGUCUCACUGCACCCUUCCCCAAGCACAAGCCAUGCCUUCAUGCACAGUGCAGAAAACACAAGGCUGUUUCUAACCCCUGACCUUGAAAGUUCGCAAUCAAAUAGUAGAGGUGGGAAUAGUUACUUGAAAGUCACGCGAAAUGAUGACUCAGCCAGUGUUGGCAGUGACAUUAUUGACCUUUGAACAUGAUGUGGCACACAACAACUCAAGGUUAAAAUGCAUUCACAUUAUCCAAAAAUCAGACAUUACACAUUUAAUUAUGACUUGCUCAGAUGGACUGAGUUUAAUUGUAGUAUAAUGGUACUAAGUAUAUAAUAGUAUAAAGAAGUGCAAUCAACACUAAAAUUUUUUUUUUUUUUUUUUUUUGUUUGUUUUUUUCAAAAUUUUUGUUUACUGAUGUGUACAUACAACAGAAGUCUAUGAGGCAAGGCAUUCCAAAAGUGUGUAUUUUGUUUUUACCAUUAUUAAUGUUUUUGUAUAAAAUGUUUGUUAUUUGAUCUGGAAAGUUAUUCAAAUUGUCUUUUUUCAGUGGUAGGACCACUAUUAUAGGCAAAUUAACUUCUAGUUAUGUGUUAUUUGUGUAAUUUCUGUUGGUGGGGUGACUCCAUGUACAGUACUUCACAAAGAGUUACUAGUCUCCUGUCAUUAUUUGUAAUAUUUAAGUUUUGUGGCUGUACUUAUGCAG